AUGGACGAAAAACAGCCUGACGCAGUACCACAACGCGUGGACUCAACCCAAGUCGACGAUGCCGUCGCCUACCUCGAUGGCCACGCCGACGGAGCUGAGAGCUCCUACGUGGAUCUGGCGGCCCUGCGUCGCAAGAUCGAUCGGCGUCUGAUGCCGUAUAUGUUCUGCUGCUAUGUGCUCCAGUUUCUGGACAAGGUCAUGCUGAACUAUGCGGCCGUGAUGGGGUUGAAGAAGGACUUGAAACUCGCAGGGAACGAGUUCUCCAACACGGCUAGCUGGUUUUUCAUUGCCUACCUGAUUGCCGAAGCCCCUAAUGUGUACUGUCUGCAGAAGAUCCCCGCGGCCAAGUGGCUAGGAGGCAACGUCUUCCUCUGGGGAGUUGCAGCGGCCGCCUCAGCAGGCGCCUACAACUACCAAGGACUGCUGGCAGCUCGGAUCUUCCUGGGUAUCUUUGAGGCGACAGUUGGUCCGUCGUUGAUGCUCCUGAGCAGCCAGUAUUACACGCGCAGCGAACAGGCGCCGCGCUUUGCCUUCUGGUACUCGGGGCUGGGCGUUGCACAGAUCAUCGGUGGCAUUAUCUCAUUCGGCUUCCAGCAGGUCAAGCAUGAGUCGCUGGAGGGGUGGCGGAUUAUGUUCCUUGUGCUGGGGCUGGUGACCUCGUUGGUGGGCGCGCUGACCUUCUUUUUCAUUCCCGAUACGCCGGUCAAGGCGUCGUGGCUGAGUGACAGCGAGAAGGUGGCGCUGCUGCAGCAUGUCAGCGAGAACCAGACCGGCGUGUGGAGCACGUCCCUGAACCUGAAGCAGAUCUGGGAGGCGUUGUUUGACACGCAACUGUGGUUGUUGACCUUGACAACCAUCCUCAUCUCCGUCUCCAGCGGCGUCGUGACCACCUACUCGUCGACCCUGAUCGCUUCCUUCGGAUUCACCGGCCCGAUCUCCGCGCUCCUCAACACGCCCUCAGGCCUAGUCAGCAUCUUCUUCUCGCUCCUCGUCGGCUUCGGCAUCCGCAAGUCCUCGCACCGCUGGGCCUGGAACGUCCUCUGUACGAUCCCAGGAAUCAUCGGAGGCGGGCUCAUGUCAUUCCUCCCGAAAAGCAACACCGCCGGCGUGCUCAUCGGCAUUUAUCUAGUCAACGCCAUCGUGGCCACCCUCCCGAUCCUGUACCAGUGGACCAUGGCCAACUGCGCCGGCCACACGAAGCGCGCCUUCGCCAGCGCCCUGGUCGCGGGCUCGUUCUCUGUCGGCAACAUCAUCGGCCCGCAGACGUUCCAGGCGCACGAUGCACCCGAGUACAAGCCGGCCAAGAUUGCGGUGCUCGCGACGCAGGCGGCGGCGGCGGUGCUGUCGGUCGUGCUGUUUGGGUACUAUCUGUUGCAGAACCGGCGCCGCGAUCAGACGCGCGGCCGCGUGGAUGAGUCGAUGGUUGAUGAGACCAAGUGGGCUGGGCUUACUGAUAAGCAGAACCCCUCUUUCCGCUAUGUGUAUUAA